AUGGAGAUAUGGGUUGUGGAUGUGAGAAGAGGCGAUGAAUACAUGAAAGGCUUUGGUGGAAGGCGAGAUGAGAGGAAGGAGUGCAGAGGUGGAGCAGGGCUAAAGACUAGACUGCCACUCCUUUCAUUUCAUGACAUCACCCUGCCUACCCCCACCUUUGCUUUUGUCGUCCCCCAUGGGGAUCCCAACUUAUCUGCCAUCUCACGAGGCGCCUCGGAGAUCUUCUCACUGCUUCGGCGGUCAGCUCCCAACCAUGAUGGUACCACCAUGCUCAUGAGUGUCCUUGUGUGGGGUGAAAAUGAUGGGACUUUUCAAAUAGGUAUUGAGGAUGGUGCGGAUUCCCAAAUGAACAAAUUGUCUCAAAUGUUUCUGACAUCGGUAUCAGAUUGGUAUAAGGCUAAUCCAACCAUUGACAGAACGGAUCCGGAGGCAGUUCUAGAUCUGGCAUGCAAUGCCAGGAAGAGUCUUGGUGACAGACUGGGAGACCCGAAGUUAGACGGAGUUAGGCUAAGUAGGGACAAUGGGAGCAGAAGUACGGCGAUGUUCGGCGGAGUCAGUCGAAGGAGGAGAAGGAUGGCCGGGGACUCGGGGAAGUUGGACGAACCGAGGUUCGUCGACCGUCAAUCUGUUAGAGAGUGGUUGUUCGACGCCUGUGACACUCCACAACAUCCUUUACUCUCCAUCUCAAGACCAGAUCUUGACUCUGGUGAUCCCUCAAAAGUCUUGGUUGUCACCGUUUACUGGAGUAGGGCUGACAAAAAAACCAAGGUAGAAAUGGCCCCUCCUUAUGGUCUUCCUAUUUCUACGGAGGUACAGAGACUCCAUGAGGUAUAUGUGAAAGAAUUAGAUAAACUUAGAGACAGCUUACCCCCAUUUAGCAAUGAGCCCUGCCUGACUCAGAGAAUUGCCAUGGAGGGGGCAACUCGAGUGCUUGGGCAGGCAGAGUGGCAAGAUUUCUGCAUCAUAGUGCCUUACAUUGCCUCCACAGGAGUGCAGAGAAUCCUUGUGGAACAACAUGAUGGUUCCCUUGAAGCAGGGUCUAAAGAUAUGAGGAUACCGCAGCUGCAGAGCCACCCGUUCUCCAAGUCCAAUGAACUUGCCCCUACUGACAAAAUUGUUCUCGCCCUUACUGAGCAAUUCACCAAUAUGAGUGCCCAUUUCCCAGAGGGUGCUGAACUAUUUGUGAUCGUUGCCGGACUUUAUUGGGAUAAAGACUCCGGUUUUUGGUCAAUCAUGUGCGGGUGGGAUCCAACGGAUAACAUCAAAGCAUUCAGAACGGCCUACUAUGACACUAUAACACGUUUGGAAUCAAGUGAAUCCACAAACUUACGAGAUGCUGGAGCUGUUCAUACGGUUGCCAUCAAUGCUAGGGCAGAACUCCUAAAGAAACCAAAAUGGCACUAUGGAUACGAUAUAAACUCACUCCUACGCGAUCCAUACAAGAGUGCACAUCUGCCGGGACAACCUCCGCCUUCCUCCAAAAAAUGGCAAUCAUCUGUGGGUGUGAACACAGCAAUCACUGACAAAACACUCCAAGCAGCCCUGACUCCCUCAGCAGCGGAAGGAUAUCUGGAUCUCUCAAAGUACACCGUAGUUGCACUCCUUUUGACGUCUGCGCCCUCCUGGUUGGGUGAGACAUCGACUUUGAAGCGUCAAGUUAGCCGAGGUUCAUCAACCGUCGGCAAAGGACCCAGGGGUCCAGGGGUAACUGUUCCAGGUUCAUGGGUGCGACAAGGAACAAUAGACAGAGGACACAGGAGUCUAGGGGGAUUGUUGAUGGAGAUCAAGAACAAUAAACCUAAGCCAAAGGGGGUCAGGGGAAGUGUUCCAGAUGUGUUUCAAGCGUGGGAACAUGGAAAAGACUAUCUUAGGUGGCAAGUAGAUGAAACUUUAUCUGUACAGAUGUUAAAGGCCAUUGAAAGAUUCCAGGCAGAAAUGGAGAAACAGCAAAGUCAGAGUCAAAAUCCAUCCUCAAGGCCUCAUGAUCCAUACCUGCUUCUGAGAGCUGCUAAAGCUGCACAAUUGGUCCUUUCAAAUGACUCAUUCUGUCAUGAAUCACAAGUAUCAGUUUCCGCAUGUUUUAGUUCUGCUCUGAUGCCUUUGAGGCAAGAGACCUGA